GCUGCCCUAUCUUGCCCCACUUUGCUCGGGUUUUUCGGGGAGAUGCUGCCGCAGAGAUGGAGGAGUUGAAUCUAAAAAACAACAAAGUGUCGGACGGAGUUUGAGACAAAGGCAGGAGUGGAGUGGAGGUGGCGGUGGUUAGCGUUAUAUAUAUAUUUAAAUAUAUAUAUAUAUAUAUAUGAUUUAAGUUGAAAAUGAAGCUGCUGAAGCCGAGCUGGGUGAGCCACAACGGCAAACCCAUAUUUUCUGUUGACAUCCAUCCUGAUGGGACAAAGUUUGCAACCGGUGGGCAAGGAGAGGACUCUGGGAAGGUGAUGAUCUGGAACAUGGCGCCGGUCCUCAGAGACGAGGACGAGAAGAACGAGAAUAUUCCCAAGAUGCUUUGCCAGAUGGACAAUCACCUCGGUAACCCGCCGUACCUGAGUUCGCUUUCACGUCGAUUCAAAUAAUGUAGAAAUGUUUGUUGUUUAGUUCCUGUUGUGAAUACUUCUCCAGGUGCUUCUGCUCUUAAUUAUUAAUUAUCUAAUUAUUCUAAAACUUCUAGAUGUGAGACGCAAACAACACGUGAGGCCAAUCGAUCAACGGGUCGUCCGUGAGACACGAGAAGAAGACCUUGUUUCGUUGAUGUGUCUUUUUAUUUAAGUGUCUCUAAAGAGUCUCACAGGGAAACGUAAUCACUUAAACAGAUUAACAGUGAAAAAGAGAACAAAUGGACGGGGACAGAUGUGUGAUAUCAGCAGCUUCCUGUGGAGAGGAAACUAUUCAUCCGCCACUACAAUCUGUUAGCAUGAGAAUGUAUCCGUCCGUGUGUCCACAUAUCGUCUUAUUGUGAAACAGAUUCGAUGUGGACUACAGGCCCUCAAGGACAACUGUCGAUGUGAAAUAAGACAACUUCUAAAAGAGAUUAAAUUACACUUUCAACAGAGAGUGUUUCCCCUCUGUACGUUGGACCUCGUCUCUGAUUGUAGUGAGCUCGUUAUCGUUCCUCUGGUUUCCUGUUGAAGUCCUGCUGCUCCUCCACGUUCCACACAAUCGGGCACCGAAUGUCCUCGACUUUCCACAGCGCCGCUAAUUAUGUAGUUUUAUUCUGACUACUCCGAGCAGCAGAACCAGUUCUACGACUCCUGCAUUCACAUCUGCUGUUUGUACAGCUAUGAAUAGUAUAUACUUCAUGCCUGCAGCCUGAAAGUUGGAGAAGUUGAACUCUUCUUCAUAUUUUAUUCUCCUCCACAGACAGCCUCUGCUGCUCAGUGUCCGCUGUGUGUUUGCACUCGUUUGAUUGUGUUCCAAUCAAAGGAACGAGCGGUCAGAUUUAAUAACACCGACCUCCUGCGCCGCUAUACUGCAGACGCUGUUAUUAAUGCCCGCCAUAAACGAAAGGACCGCCCCGUCAGCACAAAUCCAUGCAAGUUAGAUUUAUGACCCGGGUGUAUUUUUGUCUCUGCAGCGUGUGUGAACUGUGUGCGCUGGUCCAACAACGGGCUGUACCUGGCAUCAGGUGGAGACGACAAGCUGGUCAUGGUGUGGAAGAGAGCU